GUAGCGUGCACGUAUAGCACCACUCCGGGCACAAGCACGCUUCGCCCUUUGGGCGUACGCGCUAGGCUCAGUUCGCUGGGGCACGCACGCCCGCAUGGACAACUCAAGUCGCCUUUGAACGCCGAACCAGUCCAUAGUCCUCUCAUAGGUCCUCCCACAAGUGCCGCUUCAUCGCCGCCCCAGAUAAAGAAGAUACUGACUUCGUCGACUAUCACGCUUCCGGGCCCGAGGAGGACGCGCACCCCUCUCCGCCGGUUAUCCUCUGCCUCGUCUCGCGUCGCCUCUUCCGAGGGCGGAUCUGACUCCGAAUCUGAAGACUUGGACGAGCAAUCGCGCAAGGAGGAGGAGGCGGAGCGGGAGGAACUGCUCACGCAAAAACUCAAAGACCUCCAGACCAUGAUGACCAAGGAUACACUCGGGCUUGUCGCGGAUCCUGCCAGGAUGCGCGCGAAGCAGAAGGGCAAAGCGCGCCCGACAUCCGGGACCAGCACGUCCGCGGCAUCGUUAUCGUCGGGCUCCCGUCAGAGCUUGUCGCCCGCGCGGAGCUAUGGUCGCCAGAGUCUUUCGAGUGCCAGCGUAGACUCGCGCCAGGAGUCCCCUCCGUCCAUAGCUCCGUCAACGCAGGCGAGCCCGCAGCCGCCUGCCCGGCUUACGUCGCCGAUGCCAGUUCCACGGCAUCUCAGUGCCCCGAGGACCAGCCCACCCACGUUAUCGCCCGGUCGCGCAAUUGGGGAGACGCAUGUGCAGCACUUCCGGCAUGCUACACCUGGACUGGCGACAACGAGUGGUGCAGUGAGUGAAGCGUCGAGUUUCAGUGACCUCAGCGGUGAGAUUCCUUCACUUGAUUCGUUGAGCGAUAUAUGACAACGUCCAUGCUGCAGAUGCCGACCUGUCGGGAUCUGCUCUUGAGAGUGCGACAACGUCGAAUACACGCGGCGGGUCGCGCUUCUCGUUUGCACGGAAUCAUUUGGCUUCGGGGCGGCGUGCCGCACGCGGAUAGGACUAGCAUUGCUGUACUGGUUGUGAAUGCCUCUGCCGCUCGUGUGCUUCGAUUGCUGGAUAGCGACAUCGGAAUUCAACGUUCA